CGUAAAAAAUACUUCUCUGCUUUAGAUUUUUGCAUGCUUGAGAGACGGAACGCCGAAGAAUCCACCAUGGAUACCCAAGGCAGUUCGGUUGCGGAACCAUUGGCAGAUGUCUGCGUAGACAUGAGCUCUGAAGGCAUGGCAAUUGAGAAAGCUUUCCAAGAUGGUCGCAAACCAACUUCAGUUGAAGACUACCAGGGGAUCAUGAAUCAAUCAAAAACUAAAGAGGUUCUCAUAGAAGCAAGUUCAGAAGGCCCGAUAAUUGAUGAGGCUUCUCGAGAUAGGGGCAGACCAACUUUGUUUGAAGUGUACAUGACGAUCACGAAUCAAUCAAAAGCUUCUCAAGAUAGUGGCGGACCACUUGAAGUUAUGCCGAUGCCAGUGGUCAAUAAAAAAUAUGAAGAUUUGUUUGUAGCCGCACAGAAAGGUGAUUGGAAAACUAUAGAGGACAUCCUCAAGAAAGAUCCCGAAGCAAUGACAGCCGAAGUUUUGAAAGUAGAAGAUGAAUCAGUUACUGUGCUCAAUAUUGCAAUUAUGGCCUCACAAGAUCAAUUGGUCGAGAACCUGAUCAAGCGCUUUCAUCUGGGAUAUAAAAAUUUCGAUUUCAGUAUUUCCCUCCAGAAUGCUGCCAUGAGAGGAAGAAUAAAAAUGGUAAAGGCAUUAGUAAACAAAGUUGAUGCUGAACUUGAAAGUGUACCCGAUGCACUGUGGAUUGCUACUCAAUAUGCUCCUAAGCAAAAGGACGUUAUUUGGUAUCUGGCCAAACGUAAAAAAUCCGCCCCAAUUUAUGGCACCAUGUCCAACCUUGUUAUGGCCGGCCAUUUGGACAUAGCUUUGUAUUUUGCUCAGCAAUACCAACGAUCAGUGUUACCUGACGAAAACAAUAGCAUUUUGGGAUACUUGGCGAAGAUGGAGUCUAACUUCCGUAGUGGAGCUAGACUCAAUUUUUGGGAAAAAUCUAUUAAUAAAUUUAUAGGUAUCCUUUUAAACCUGGUCGAUACAUCAUUUGACGAAUCCAAAGGAACAAAGAAGCCUCGAGCACCUAAGUGGUUCAAGAUAUCACUCUGGGAUCUUGCCACAAAACCAGGUGCAGCACUUUUGAUCAAUAGGAUUGAAUUGAGGCACAAAUGCUCGCUUGAGUUUGCAGAGCUAGUUCUUACCAAGAUGAAGAAUGAUAUGAAAAAAAUGGAAACUCCCGAAAUACCUGAGCUUCUUCCCAGAAUUGUCCUUGAGGCUGCAUCUCGUGGAAUCUCUGAAAUUGUCAAGUUAUGUUUCGAGUAUUUUCCAGAGUUGACGUGGAAUGAAAAUUUCACAAAAAAACUGAUAGAAGAAGUUGUGAACGGACGGCAUGUGGAGUUGUUUAGACUAGUGAACUCAGCCAGCACAAUUCCAUUUUUGACUGCUGAUACGAUGACGAAACGCAACCUCAUGAAGGCAGUAGUAGAAUGGCCACCAAGAUGUCUACCGACAGAUGUUUCUGGAGCACCUUUUCUUAUGCAAAGGGAACUCCAGUGGUUUAAGGUACUGGAAGAUACAAGUGAUUCCUCUUCUAAAAGUUCGAAACUUAAGAAGUUGCUGCAAGAUACGAUCCAUCCUUCAUUAAAAGGGCAGAGAUUGCCAGAUGAUCAAAAACCAUAUUGGGAUGAUUUUGUCGAAAAACACAAACAAUUGCUCAAAGAGGCAGGGCAAUGGAUGAAGGAUACAUCAUCAUCAUGUAGCCUUGUCUCGACUCUCAUCAUUACAGUAGCUUUUGCUGCAAUUUUUACUAUACCGGGAGGCAACAAAGGAGAAACAGAGGGCUCGAGCCCGAGCCCGAGCCCGAGCCCGAGCCCUAGCCAGAGCCCGAGCUCGUGUCCGAGCUCGACGUUAGUAGGGAUCCCGAACUUUCUGUGUAAGCACUCAUUCAUGGUAUUCGCAGUUGCAGACGCUCUUGCUCUCUUCUCCUCUGUCACCGCCACCUUGAUGUUCUUGGCUAUCCUAACUUCACGCUAUGCUGCAGAAGAUUUCCUCAUAUCACUACCGAGAAAAAUGAUACUGGGCCUCACUUUUCUCUUCCUCUCCUUGGCCUUUAUGUUGGUGGCAUUCGGCUCUGCUUUUACCAUCGUACUGAGCGAACGAUUCGUCGAGAGCGAUCGAUUGAUAGGGAUUUACAUUCCAAUUACUUUGUUCGCUGCCAUCCCUGUCGUAUUAUUCGCAAUCCUCCAACUUCCCUUGUAUUUUGAAAUGGUCGGAUCCACCUAUUGGCCUCUCCUCUACCGUCCCUUGAAGCUUUGGGAAUAAUCCUGGCUUAUUAAUAGACAAGGACAUUUGUGAUGAUCUUUGUUUGCACUUGUUUGUAUGUGUGAAAUGCGAAUAUUAUGGUGUUUACUCAUGUUUUAAGACUUUUCAACUAUGACAUCAGCCAUACUUAAACUAAAGUUUUAUGUA